CGUUCCCGCCCUGUAGGUUGUUUGGCCUGAGGCGUCCCCGCACGGGAGUCUGCAGGCGGUUGGUGCCCACGUGGCAGCCUCCAGGGACGUCCCUGGUGGUCCAGUGAUUCAGACUCUGCACUUCCAACGCAGGGGGUGCGGGUCCUGGUCAGGGAACUGAGAUCCCACGUGCAGCAUGUUUAAAAAAACAAAAACCAAACCCAAAAUGGCCGCCUCCAGGAGCGCUCACGCGGAGGACUAUUCCCCCAGGACCUGCGCCUCCAGUGUCCUUGCUCCCACAGUGAGCCACAGCCGGCCCCCGCCUCCCCCGGAGACCCUCCAGGACCCGCAGAUAAGACCAUGAAUUAUGGCAUUUCUUAAAUGAAGCAUUCAGGAAUGAAGUGAAAGUCAUAACGUAUAGAAAAUAAAUGAUUUUUAAAUUAUGUCUGUUAAUUUGACUAUAGGUCUAUAUUAUAUUUACCUCCUUAGUAAUGCGAGAAGUCUUUGUGGGAAGCAGAGGAGCAAGCAGCUGCCUUUCUUGUGCUCGCCUAAACGUUUCUGGAGGAUAAGCCACAUCAGUCUACAAAGAGGUUUUCAUACAAGCAAAAUAAGAUGUAAAUGGACCAAAAGUGAAGCUCAUUCUUGCAGUAAGCACUGUUACUCUCCAAGCAACCAUGGUUUACGUUUUGGAAUUUUGAAACUUAGCACUUCUGCUCCCAGGGGACUUACAAAAGCGAGCCUUUGUAUGUCCCGUAUUAAAAAUACUUUGAACUCUGUUUCGAAGGCUGUUUUUGGCAAGCAGAAUGAAAUGAUCUCUCGUUUAGCUCAACUUAAGCCAAGUUUUCGAAUAUUAAGAAAAGUGUCAGAUAGUGGCUGGUUGAAACAGAAAAACAUUAAACAAACCAUCAAAUUUCUGAAAAAAUACAGCAACAAAUCAGAAAAGGGUUCUUUUGCAGCAAAGGAAAGUCACGUUAUGGAGAAAGAAGAUAUAGGUAAACAAAGCCUUUUUCAUUACACAAAUAAUCUAACCACAAAAUUUGGAGAGUCAUUCUACUUUUUAUCAAGUCAUAUUAAUUCAUACUUCAAGCGUGAGGAAAAAAUGUCUGAACAAAAGGAAAAUAAAGAUUUCCAGGACAAUUCAGAACUUGAACUUAAAAAGACUGAAGACGAGAAACCCAGUUCUCCAGAUCCUGGCGUCCUGACUGAUAAGAAACUGGACUCAGAAGCUUCUUUAUGUUCUGAGGACAAUGCUGCAAGUCCCAGUGGGACGCCUGAGGUUCUUCCCAUUUCUACUAAACAAAGUAUUGCUAACUUUCUUUCUCGUCCCACUGAAGGUGUACAAGCUUUAGUAGGUGGUUAUAUUGGUGGACUUGUCCCCAAACUAAAGUAUGAUUCAAAGAGUCAGUUAGAAGAGCAGGAAGAGGCGAUGAAAUCUGAGCAGGCCAUCAGCAAAGACAAAAAUGCAGAGGAGAAAAGGCGGUUAUCUCUUCAGCGAGAAAAGAUAAUUGCCAGAGUGAGUAUUGAUAACAGAACCCGGGCAUUAGUUCAAGCGUUAAGAAGAACAACUGACCCAAGGCUCUGCAUUAAUAGAGUUGAAGAACUGACGUUCCAUCUUCUAGAAUUUCCUGAAGGAAAAGGAGUGGCUGUCAAGGAAAAAAUUAUUCCAUAUUUACUACGAUUGAGACAAAUUAAGGAUGAAACUCUUCAGGCUGCAGUUAGAGAAAUUUUGGCCUUAAUUGGCUACGUGGAUCCAGUGAAAGGAAGAGGAAUUCGGAUUCUCACAAUUGAUGGUGGAGGAACAAGGGGUGUGGUUGCUCUUCAGACCCUACGAAAAUUAGUUGAACUUACUCAGAAGCCAGUUCAUCAACUCUUUGAUUACAUUUGUGGUGUAAGCACAGGUGCUAUACUAGCAUUCAUGUUGGGAUUGUUUCAUAUGCCCCUGGAUGAAUGUGAGGAACUUUAUCGAAAAUUGGGAUCAGAUGUGUUUUCACAAAAUGUCAUUGUUGGAACAGUCAAAAUGAGUUGGAGCCAUGCAUUUUAUGACAGUGAAACAUGGGAAAACAUUCUUAAGGAUAGAAUGGGAUCUUCACUAAUGAUUGAAACAGCAAGAAACCCCAUGUGUCCUAAGGUAGCUGCAGUAAGUACCAUAGUGAACAGAGGGAUAACGCCAAAAGCCUUUGUGUUCAGAAACUAUGGACAUUUUCCUGGAGUCAACUCUCACUAUUUGGGAGGCUGUCAGUAUAAAAUGUGGCAGGCCAUCAGAGCCUCAUCUGCUGCUCCCGGCUACUUUGCGGAGUAUGUGUUGGGAAAUGAUCUUCAUCAGGAUGGAGGUUUGCUCCUGAAUAACCCUUCAGCAUUAGCAAUACACGAGUGUAAAUGUCUUUGGCCAGACGUCCCACUAGAGUGCAUAGUAUCCUUGGGCACUGGACGUUACGAGAGUGACGUGAGAAACACCGCGACACACACGAGCCUGAAAACCAAACUGUCUAAUGUUAUCAACAGUGCUACAGACACAGAAGAAGUCCAUGUAAUGCUUGAUGGUCUCUUACCUCCUGACACCUAUUUUAGAUUUAAUCCUGUUAUUUGUGAAAACAUACCUCUAGAUGAAAGUCGAAAUGAAAAGCUGGAUCAGCUGCAGUUGGAGGGGUUGAAGUACAUAGAAAGAAAUGAAGAAAAAAUGAAAAAACUUGCAAAAAUAUUAAGUCAAGAAAAAACAACUCUGCAGAAAAUUAAUGAUUGGAUAAAACUAAAAACUGACAUGUAUGAAGGCCUUCCAUUCUUUUCAAAAUUGUGAUGAGUGUGUGCAUGUAUAGCCUCCUAACUGGAUACCUGUUCAGAAGAUCCACAGAAUUCCGUAAGGGGUUGCGGGGUUCAGCAGGACUGCCUUAGAAAUGCUUAGAAUUCUGGGGAAUCCUGAAAAGACAGUGGUCGGCCCGGCUUGCACAGUACGGAGAGGGUGUGCGUGGUUACAGAGUUCAUCUGGGAAUUAGGUUUUCAUGAUGUUAAUAGUUAACCACGCGUUAGGAAUCUUACUGUGCCAGUUGGUUUUAGUACAUAUUGGUGUUGUAUUGUUUGAUGUUUGAAAAUUUAUUAAUAUAUGUGCCAAACAAGGACUGAAAGCUGUCAUAUUAUACUUGGUAUUUUUACUUCAGUCACCGUAAUCAUGUUAAAUUUAUUUGAUCAUUGAUUUUCUUUCAUGUGGAAAAGCUAAUUUGUUCUUAAAAUAAUUCAUCUCUUUAAACAUCACUUAGGUUUUCACUAGCUACAUUCUGCAUUCCAAAUGUUGCCUUCUACUAUUGUCAUAUCAUCUAAACAGAUGCAGAAAAAAUGGGAUUCUCUCUAUCAAAGGACUUUUACAUUUGAAAUAUGAAAGAGCCAGAUACAGUUCUCUAUUCCAAAUGUGUUUAUGUCAACGUUGUUUGGUUCCGAAAGAUAGGUGAAGUUCCAAUCAACCACUUUUUCCCCCUGAAAUUUCAAGAUAAUGCUGUAUGUUAACUUUUCUAGCUCUAGCUUAGCAUUCACUAUUAUGAAAAUAAUUAUUUGAAUUUACUGAGAAAAUGCCCCAUCAUUAACAAAAAUAAACUAUUGAAAUAAUCUAUGUUAAAAGGCUAAUGUCAUUUUUAAAUUAUUUAUUAUUCAUGAUGUAGCCCUUCGUCUCUUUGUAGCAUUUGAAUAUACCUGUCAACAGUAUGCUUUAAAAAAAUGUCAGGCUUGUUUUAUCGUAACUCCUUUAACCAUCUGGACUUCGCAGAGGUUAAUAACGUAUGCACCAACCCGAAUCAUUGUUUAUGCUAACCAAAUUCAUCUUUGUUGUGUUAUCUAUCUGCCAUGUAAAUCUUUCAACAUGUUUAGAUUUGUGAAGAGAAAUGAAAAAAGGUUAGUGUCCUUUGCUUUGUACAUGUAAACUAGAGCUAAACCCGUUACCCGGAUUGUCAUGCUGCGUCUUUGCAACGUUGAUGCGAGGAGGCAGCGAGGCGUCGAGGUGUGGUUCACAGAUGCUGGGGGAGCUGAGCGUCUGGGUGCAGCUCGGGCUCCGAUGCAGAGCCCUUCUCUUUGUGACCUGGAGGAGGGUGGACAGCCUCUCUGGGCUUCAGAUAUUUUAUUUGUAAAAUGAGAAGAGCUGCUUCUAAAAUUUUAUUUCCUCUUACGGCAACUGAAAAGUAAAUUCUGCAAAUGUACAAGCAAAAGAUAGGAAGAAGUGUGAAAAUGAAUUUUCAUUCCUACACAGGUAAAAUAUCUGCUCUUUUCAAAGAAGCAAAGAAUUGUCUAUUUUAAAAAGAAAAUGUAAUAAAUUAUCCAACUUAUCAGUUAUUUUAAACAUAGAAAAUAAAAAUUAUUUUGUAGCUCAGUCCUUUUGGGGUGUUUCAGUUCUUAUUUCUGUAAUAAAUGCUGUGCUGGUAAUAUUUCA